CUGGUUAAAGUUUUCUAAUCACCCGCCGUCGACGGACUCGUCGCAGUGGUAUUUAUUCGUCGUUUGCAACGCCAAGUUUUCAUAAACUUUGAAAAUUUAUUUUUUGUUUAAAAUAUUUUUACUGUAUUAUAAAAUUAUUGAUAAAAAAAUAAAACUGAGUGAAUGGAUAAAAUUCUUAAAUUUAAGUGUACAAUUAAUAGUUAAAAAAAUCUUUAAAUACAUCUAUAUAUACGUAUGUUACGUGUAUGGGUACUAGAGACUUAAGUUUAAGUAGGAGCCACGCCGUCAAAUAGACUACUUGAGACGAGUUUGAAAAUGGAGACACCCAUUAACUUGAACAAUUCAUUCCUAACCUAAAUGAGGAUGAUAUCCUGUGAAUCAGUGACGAUUAUUUGUAAUUAACGGGAUUAUAAUAAAGUGUUAAUUUUAUCAGUUAAAAUGUCGACAAACGUUCAGUUCGCGAAUCCACCUCCGCCGACGGGGAUAAGCUUGCCCAACAUGUCGGUACCACCACCGACUGCACCAAAUUUAUCAGCACCACCGCCAAAUUUGACUACGAUAAACACCGCGCCUGGAGGAUUCCAGUCUCAGCAACAGCAGCAGCAGCAACAGCAGAGGUUUCUCAAUCACCGGGACAACACUCGGGGAUUUUUCAAGCCCUUCCGACCUUAUCAUGCCCCGAAGAUUGUUUCAGGAAGCCAGGAUGCUCUGCAAGACGAGUUUGAUGGCAAGAGAUUGAGAAAGUCGGUGAUGAGGAAGACAGUGGAUUAUAAUUCUGCUAUAAUUAAAACUCUGGAGAAUCGUAUAUGGCAACGAGACUUCCGUGACAGACGACCUCUUCAGCCAGACGUAAUGUAUUACCCAGACCUCUUACCACCUCCGAGUUACGUUGACAAUCCAAUCAAUGCUGUAACCACGAGGUUCGUCAAAACGGCAACAAACAAGAUGCGUUGUCCUAUUUUUUGUAUGGCCUGGACUCCAGAAGGUCGACGACUGGUCACUGGAGCUUCAAGUGGUGAAUUUACCCUCUGGAACGGUCUUACCUUUAAUUUCGAAACAAUUCUUCAGGCACACGACAGCCCGGUUAGGACGAUGGUUUGGUCACACAACGAAAGCUGGAUGGUAACCGGGGACCACUCGGGGUACGUCAAGUACUGGCAGAGCAACAUGAACAACGUCAAGAUGUUUCAGGCCCACAAAGAAGCGAUUAGAGGACUCAGUUUCAGUCCAACGGAUCACAAAUUGGCGACUUGCAGUGACGAUGGCUCCGUCAGAAUUUGGGACUUCCUACGCUGUUAUGAAGAGAGAACUCUUAAGGGUCAUGGUUCUGAUGUAAAAUGUGUCCAUUGGCAUCCCCAAAAAAGUCUAGUCGUCUCCGGAAGCAAAGACAAUCAGCAGCCAAUAAAAUUAUGGGAUCCAAGAACUGGCCAAGGGCUGGUGACGUUGCACGCUCACAAGAGUACAGUUAUGGAUAUUAAAUGGAACGACAACGGAAAUUGGUUGGUGACAGCGUCGAGGGAUCAUUUGUUGAAGCUUUUUGAUUUAAGGAAUUUGGGUCAAGAAGUUCAAACGUUUCGUGGUCACAAAAAAGAAGCUUCGAGUGUCGCUUGGCACCCAAGUCAUGAAGGUCUUUUCUGUAGUGGAGGUAGCGAUGGUGCUAUUCUCUUUUGGCACGUUGGAGCUGACAAAGAAGUGGGUGCGAUUGAGCAAGCUCACGACAGUAUCGUCUGGACAUUAGCCUGGCACCCAUUAGGUCAUAUUCUUUGCUCCGGUAGCAACGACCACACUUCGAAAUUCUGGACCCGGAAUCGUCCAGGAGAUCUCAUGAGAGAUAAAUAUAAUCUUAAUACCCUGCCUGCUGGAGCAGCUGGCAUUGAUGAUCAUGAAAUUGCUGAUGAAGCUGCAGUGAUACCUGGAAUGGGUCCUGAGGACAAAAUAAAUGAGUUCGAUCUUGAACAGUCAAUGGAAGAAGAUACUUCCCAAGGAAUACCUGGCUUGGACCUCGAUCACGCGGCAGAAGAAAGUAAAAAACUCGCAGCGAGUAAGAAAGUGCCGUAUAGUAAGCCUAUUCCCCGGAACUUCCAAGCACAGUGGAAUGAAAUGGAAGCUGAAGAUCCAGAGCAAGUGGAAGCGUUGAAUGCUAUUGUCAAUCAGUUAAUUGAAACUACACCAGGAGCAGUGCCUUUAAAUGAAGUCGCUCCUAAUGCUAUUAUUUUAUACGGAAAAAUAAUUCCUGUUGAACCUGGGUCAAAACUUUCCGAAGCGAUUGUAAAGGGCAACGACGCGAUAAAUAAAUUAAUAACUGCAGGUGAAAUAGAAGAACUGAGAGACGUCGCAAUAAACUUGCCAGAAGAACCAGAAAUAGAGGAAGACUAUUUGCAAGACGAAGGCGAAAUAGACUACACUAAAGUUCCAAAUGUAGAUUUACCACCGCCACUGCCUAGUUCAAAGUUUGCUCAAAAUCCGGAAUUAUUAAAAGCGCUAAACUACGGAGGGAAGCGUAAGUUUGAUCAGUUGAUCGCGUGGACUGAAGCGAAUCCAACCGACCGAGGAAAUAAAAUGCACCAACCGGUGUUUGGAGCCGGUGGAAUGUCUGAUGAUUCAUUGUCGAAUAACGACAGUGAUCUAAGGCUAAUGCCCGGUAUGAAGAACCCUCAAGAUAUGAAUUACUUUGCCAAUCAAGAUGAGGAUCUCAGGAGAAUCAAUAGUGUAGAUAACCGAGGAGCAAUGGGUCGUGACGAGGACAUGAGAAUGAAUGUCGCUUCAGCAAGUGGCCCGGGAAGGCCACCGGGUAUGAUGAUGAAUGAAUUCGACAUGCGCAAUUCAUUUGACAUGAGAAAUUCGUACGGUGACAGGGACUUUAGGCAUUUAGGACCACCUCCGAUAAUUGGUGGGUUCAAAAAGUCCUCCAUGGAUGGCAAUGACAAUUUUGGAAGUGGAGACAUGGAUCGCGAUGGACGACAACGGUCCUGGGACGACGACAAAGGAAUGAACAGCAACGACAGCGGGCGUUCUAAUUUCGAUAAGCGCGAUGUGUCUUCAAACAUGCAGAAUAACAGCAUGCAAAUGUCAAUGGGAAAUAUGCCUUCAGGAAAUAUGGGAUCAAACCACCACAACAUGCAGAAUAUCAGCCCGAACAUGCCCCCGUCGAUGAUGUCAAUGAUGCCUCCCCAUCACCAGCAGCAUCAUCAGAUGAACCAUCUUUCUAAUAUUCAAAAUAAAAAUAAUUCCAACAUGAUGGGAGGCAAUGACAACAGCGGCCCGAUGCCACCACACAUGAUGCACAUGUCCAACUUUGGACCCAAUGGACCUCCACCGAUGCCUCCCAACUUCGGGCCUAACUUCCGACCGCCCAAUGGGAACUACGGACCCAACCCACCCUACAGACCCAAUCCCAUGGCUCCUUUUGCUCCUAGUCAAAAUAUGCCUUUUAAUAACAAUUUUCCUCCGCCGAAUUUCCGCGGUCCCAAUCCUGGAAACACCCAGAUGUCCAACUUUGACCGUCCGCCCGGCUUCGGACCGAAUUUCCGCAUGUCGGGUAACCAAUCUGGACACGGCUCCGGCGGGGGUAAUUUUAACUCGGGGUAUGGGAAGAAUUAUAACAACAGCGGAGGCGGUGGGGGUAACAUGGGCAGCGGAAAUAAUUCUGGUGGUGGUAACAAAAAUGGACCCUAUCGUGGUCAAAGAUUUAAGAAUAAUAAUAAUAAUAAUAAUAAUAAGAUAUAAGAAUAAUAAUAAUAAUUAAAUUUAAAUUGUAAUAUAUUAUACAGUCCAUUGAGUGAUCUGUCGUCUUUUAAAAUAAUACCGGGUCACUUUCACGAGUUGCCUUGGAGUGGAAUUAUUAAUUUAUUCCAACACGAGGAAAUACCCUAUUACUAUUAUAUAUACAUGCAUAAAUAUUAAUAAUAAUAACAUUGAUAUUAAUAAGUAAUUAAAAAUAAAAUAGAAAACAGGCAAUUGCGUGUACUUUGAGAAGAUAAUGAUGAAAAGGUCGAUUCCAGAAGACAAUUUACUUAAUAAAAAUCAAUUAUCC